GAAUGUACCUUACCGAUGAGGUCUACGAGAUGUGGAAUCAGUACGCCCCUAAGCAGAUUUUCGAGGAGGACGGUCGGAUCAUGCUGCAGAUGCUGGCUCGUCGUCCAGCGGAUGCUCUCUUGGACAACUUUCAUGAUCUUCGAUGGGCUCCUCGUACUAACUUCG